GCGACAAGAGUACUGGUUACCCCCUGGAAUCACCUGGAAGGACAUAGAAAGCAGCAAGGACUCGCAGUAUCCUCUGCCCCGCGAUCUUUUGGUCACCCUGCCCGUGGCGCUGGGAUUCAUUGCUCUCCGUUACGUCUUCGAGAGGUGAGUGUUGGGGAAUUGACCCAGCCGCGUUUCCAGGGGUGUGUCACCAGACAGUUUUGUGGCGGGUAGAUCUCCGUUAGAUGCGCACCGCGCUUGCGGUUUCCUGGGGGAUCGGCUGACGUUAUCUCUGCCCUGGUGAUGUACAUAUUGCGGAUGGCUAAGUCUCUAGAUUAAGUCUUAGGCUGGAAGUGAAGCAUGUUUACAAGAGACAUGACAAAGAACUACAACAUCAAGAUCAAGACACAAGUGCUACAUGAAAGUACUGGUAGAUCAAGAUAGAACAUGCAAGCGUUACAUGAAAGUGCUACUUGAUUGUGGAUAGCCCCGCAGAGAAGUAAGGUGUUAAUGUUAGUUAGAGAUGUGUCUUCAGACUACGACAGAAGAUAGGUAGGCGAGGGGUUUGUACAGGAAUGGGGAGUUCAUUCCACCACUGGUGAGAACAGGUGAAGGGAAGCUGAGAAGUAUUGGUGAGGAGGUACGGGUGGGGUAUUUUUGCACAAAUUUUUGCAUUUCCUGAUCAUGUCCUUCCUCAUGUCCUACCUGGGCAGGGCUGAUCGAAGAGAAUUCAGAAGAGGAAAUGUGUAGUGCUGCCGUUUUUUUUUCUUUCUUUUUACAUUUUAGCCUUGUAGCAAACACCAUUAGCAAUCCACAGCAACUUCAACUGAUCACAUUCAUUUUACUUACACCCCAGCUGGAUAUUUGCUGAAGCCUUUGAUGCUAAAUGUGCUGCUUGGGGGUACAGAAGCAGCAUCCUUAACCAUUAAGCCACACUGUUGCAAGUGCCAUCAAGCCAGUGUGUCUGCCCCUGUAUGGGGUUUCAUAGGGACACUGUCAGGGCUAUUGGGGGGGGGGGGUCGGGUGGUAUGGCCAGGAUGCUUGUGAUGUCAUUUGUAGGGUAACAUCGUAGAGGUGGAGGGGAAGCUGUGCUGUCAGGUGAUUGGCAGGCAGCUGGGUGGGGCCUCUGUAGCACUGUCGAGCUUCUGUAAUUGGAGAUCCCUGAACCUGAAUGCAAAUCCUCCCUGACCUUCUCAUGUCCCACUGAUGCACUUCCCACAUCAACUACUGCCUUUCCAGGGCAGUGGCUCUCCCCUUAAGCAGACAGCUGGGCGUACGGGAUCGAAUUCAGGCUCGAGCUGCGCCUGUCCCAAAGCUGGAGGCCUUUUACACCCAGAGCAGCCGCCAGCCUUCUAAGCAGGUAGAGACAUGUACCCUACAUGGCCAGACAUAUGUGGACACUUGACAUCCAACAUCUCAUCCAAAAUUAUGGGCAUUAAUAUGGAGUUGAUCCACCCUAUCCACACUGAGAGUGAGAUCAUAACCUUGGCCCAGCAGUGUGACAUCACUCAUAGACAGGUUGAGACCUGGUUCCGUCAACGCAGAAACCAGGACAGGCCUCGCAACACCAAGAAGUUCUGCGAGGCCUGCUGGAGGUUUGUCUUCUACCUCGUUGCUUUUUUGGCUGGUCUUGCAUCUCUGAUUGAUAAACCCUGGUUCUGGGAUUCUAAAGAGUGUUGGAAUGGAUACCCCUACCAAGCUAUUACUGAGGCUCAGUACUGGUACUACACUUUGGAGCUGGGCUUCUACUGGUCCCUGGUGCUCUGCAUUUCUGUGGACGUCAAGCGAAAAGAUUUUAAAGAGCAGAUCAUUCACCACAUUGCCACCAUUUUCCUGAUUGGAUUAUCUUACAGCUGCAACUAUGUGCGUGUCGGCACCAUUGUGAUGCUUGUUCACGACUCCUCAGAUUUCCUGAUGGAGUCUGCCAAGAUGUUCAACUAUGCCGGCUGGAGGAAGACCUGUGACACCUUGUUUGUCGCCUUUGCAGUAGUCUUCCUGGUCACGCGUCUGCUGAUAUUUCCAUUCAGAGUCAUCCACUCAACCCUGUUCUUGUUCCUGGAUGUGUUCGACCCCUUCUUCGGCUACUACGUCUUCAACGCCCUCCUGCUGGUACUCCAGGCACUCCAUAUCUUCUGGGCCUGGCUGAUCGUCCGCAUGAUCUACAAAUUUGCCUUCAUGGGCAAGGUGGAGCGCGACGAACGCAGUGACGAGGAGAGUGAGUUUGAGGAGGAAGACGAGCAGCAGGAGAAAGAGGAUGAAGAUGAUGACAAAGAAGAGUCCAGCUGGGAGCAAAGAAAAGAUGCCCUAAACUCCAAAUUCACCACGCUGUCUGACAACUGUGUCCUCAAAAACUUAACCAAACAGAGGAGCAAUAGAAGUAGCAGGCUCCCUAAAGCAAGAUAGUAUCGUACCCUCCCCCUAUGAGGUCAGACUUUGAGAACAUAUGCUUUCUUAUUCCUGUCUUAAUAUUACAUACCAUGGUGAUAUACGAGCCAUACAUGUGCUCAUACAGAACUUCUAUGACAUGCCCCAUUUACUGUUUCAAAUUGCUUACUUUGAAGUACAGGUAAAAAUUGUGGCUUUAAGAGUUAUUUUAUUUGGCCCUUCUGCAUAUGAUCAUGCUUUUGUUCAGUUGCCUCUUAACAUGGGAUGUUUGUUUGGUGUGAAUAUUUUGUCCCAGGCUUAAUCUGUUUUGUCUGCAGUUUGUUUUAAAGGGAUAUUCAUAGAAAAGCAUGUACUGUGUGUAAAAGUACUGAAUGACUGUUGAGCAGUGAAUAGAUCAGGCAGUUGAAUCUGUUAUUUCUGCCCUAGUGUGACAGUUCCCUGCAUUGCAUUUGCUGUAAUCUUCAGAAUCAACUAAUCUGCCUUGCACCAGAUGCAGAGAAGCGGUGCGAAGCUAUUUGUAAGGCCUCACCUUUAAGAACUUCAUUAUCAAGAUUACCUUUAUUUUUGAAUGGCCUGUUUAUUUAUUCUGUCUGGAACAUGCAGGUGUGCAAUCUCAACAGUUAGAACUGUGACCUCAUAUCUUCUUUAUGGAACCCCCCCCCAGUCCAACAUUUGAGUCAAUCUCAAAACAAUUGGAAAAUUCUUCAGUUGUCAUUGUUUUUGGAACAGUGCCACAAUUAUUUAUUAUAAAUGUAUGUAUUUUAGCCCAAAUUGGUCGUUUGUUUGCGUAAUACUAUCAUUUUGUGCACUGAGCCAUUUUAAAGCUUUUGGUGAUGUUCCUGUUGCAUUUGUCACCGAUUUGCUUCAUGCUGUCUGGGCAAUGACAAUGUAAUAGCACCCCCUAGUGAGGGGUAAGAGGACCUGCAACUUCAGCAGGUAAAACUGGUGCUUGGUGAUUUGAGGCUCCACUUUCCAUAAAGAUGCAAAUGUAAAUAGUACAGACCCACACUUAAUUUAUUUAAUUGUUUACACUUAGUUGUUCUUUUUAUUGACAAUGCAUACUUCUUAAUUGAAUCCAUUACAGUGAGGUUCAAUCUUCCAGUUAAUGCAGGUUUAAAAUGGACAGAGCACAGACAUGCUGUUGAUAACUAAAGAUAUGGGAUAAGGGCUUGAAUAGCAUGUUGCUGCAUUUUGAUGAGAUGAAAAAUAUGUUUAAUAGCACAGACAUGGAAAGCUCUCGACUUUCCGUUCAUUUAGUGGUUUACAGAAGUAUACAGGGAAUUGUGAGAAUAGAUAGUUGCCAGGAUACUCUUUCCUCAUACUGUUAUUUUUGGGACAGUACUAUGAGGCUAUAUGAUUUAUACAAAUUCGCUGUAAAUAUAGCUGUCUGUUUUAUGUUGACUGCCAUUUUGCACCAUUUAAGUCUAAAAAUGAUACUGCUUUUUAUUUCUUUGCUUAAAUGGUAUAAAUAAUUAUGUUCUGAAUCAAAUUUGUAUUGUACUUUGGCUAUGAUAUAUCAGUCUAAGUCAAAAAUGCUAAGAAAAAUGCUUUAAUUGUUUAAAUGUAAUUAUUUUUUAUACUGUAGACACAUUUUUUCUUUCCAGAAAUUCACAUUGCAAAAAACAGAACUGAAUGUCAUUCAGAUUUGUUAAGUGUACACGACUGAAACUUGAGUGACUUGUUUCUAGGGUUGUGUUUUUAUCUUCUAGCUGCUAAUUUUAUGCAGUUAGUGUAUAGUGAUACAUAAUAUCUACCAUUUGUUCCAUGGUCCAUUUUUCUAUUAAAACGACUUUAUUGCAUUUGGCUGUGCUUUAGCUAGAUCUGUUACAUUUGAUCUCUGUGACCAAUAGGUGUUCUAAAAGAUUUUAAAUAGAAAACAACAUUCCUCAAGGCAAUUAUUGUAUAUUAGUCAAUGUUGUUCCAGAAUUUUAAAAGUAUGUCACAUAAGUCUUUUCUCUUUGUGAUCCAUUUAAUAUUAAUAAUAAAUCCAUUUUGAUUAAAUUGA